UUAAUCUCGCGAUCUUUGGGAAGUUCCGUUGGGGAAGAUGGCGGCGGCCGCGAGCACCCUUCUCUUCUUUCCGCCGGGGACUUCAGACUGAGCAUUCUCGGGACGAGUAGGGACUGCUGGUGCCCUGCGUCCCGGGAGCCCGAACCAACCUGGUUCCUCCAUUAGUGGUAGGGAAGGGCUUAUCCUCUUGUGUAGGACUCAGGCCCUCCCCGCCGUCAGGAUGAAGGCUCAGGGGGAAACCGAGGAGUCGGAAAAGCUGAGUAAGAUGAGUUCUCUCUUGGAACGCCUCCAUGCAAAAUUUAACCAAAAUAGACCUUGGAGUGAAACCAUUAAGCUUGUGCGUCAAGUCAUGGAGAAGAGGGUUGUGAUGAGUUCUGGAGGGCACCAACAUUUGGUCAGCUGUUUGGAGACGUUGCAGAAAGCUCUCAAAGUAACAUCUUUACCAGCAAUGACUGACCGUUUGGAGUCUAUAGCAAGACAAAAUGGACUGGGCUCUCAUCUCAGUGCCAGUGGCACUGAAUGUUACAUCACGUCAGAUAUGUUCUAUGUGGAAGUGCAGUUAGAUCCUGCAGGACAGCUUUGUGAUGUAAAAGUGGCUCACCAUGGGGAGAAUCCUGUGAGCUGUCCAGAACUUGUGCAGCAGCUAAGGGAAAAAAAUUUUGAUGAAUUUUCUAAGCACCUUAAGGGUCUUGUUAAUCUUUAUAAUCUUCCAGGGGACAACAAACUGAAGACUAAAAUGUACUUGGCUCUCCAAUCCUUAGAACAGGACCUAUCUAAAAUGGCAGUUAUGUAUUGGAAAGCAACCAAUGCUGGUCCCUUGGAUAAGAUUCUUCAUGGAAGUGUUGGCUAUCUCACUCCACGAAGUGGGGGUCAUUUAAUGAACUUGAAGUAUUACGCCUCUCCUUCUGACCUGCUGGAUGAUAAGACUACAUCCCCUAUCAUUUUGCAUGAGAAUAAUGUUCCUCGAUCUUUGGGCAUGAAUGCAUCAGUGACAAUUGAAGGAACAUCUGCUAUGUAUAAACUCCCAAUUGCACCAUUAAUUAUGGGGUCACAUCCAGUUGACAACAAAUGGACUCCCUCCUUCUCCUCAAUCACCAGUGCCAACAGUGUUGAUCUUCCUGCCUGUUUCUUCUUGAAAUUUCCCCAGCCAAUCCCAGUAUCUAGAGCAUUUGUUCAGAAACUUCAGAACUGCACAGGAAUUCCAUUGUUUGAAACCCAGCCAACUUAUGUACCUCUCUAUGAACUGAUCACUCAAUUUGAACUGUCAAAGGAUCCUGACCCCAUACCUUUGAAUCACAACAUGCGAUUUUAUGCUGCUCUCCCAGGUCAGCAGCACUGCUAUUUCCUCAACAAGGAUGCUCCUCUCCCAGAUGGCAGAAGUCUACAGGGAACCCUCGUUAGCAAAAUCACCUUUCAGCACCCUGGCCGAGUUCCUCUUAUCCUGAAUCUGAUCAGACACCAAGUGGCCUAUAACACCCUAAUUGGAAGCUGUGUCAAAAGAACUAUUCUGAAAGAAGAUUCUCCUGGGCUCCUCCAAUUUGAAGUGUGUCCCCUCUCAGAGUCCCGUUUCAGCGUAUCUUUUCAGCACCCCGUGAAUGACUCCCUGGUGUGUGUGGUAAUGGAUGUACAGGACUCAACACAUGUGAGCUGUAAACUGUACAAGGGGCUGUCAGAUGCACUCAUUUGCACAGAUGACUUCAUUGCCAAAGUUGUUCAAAGAUGUAUGUCCAUCCCUGUGACGAUGAGGGCUAUUCGGAGGAAAGCUGAAACCAUUCAGGCCGACACCCCAGCACUGUCCCUCAUUGCAGAGACAGUUGAAGACAUGGUGAAAAAGAACCUGCCCCCGGCUAGCAGCCCAGGGUAUGGCAUGACCACAGGCAACAACCCAAUGAGUGGUACCACUACACCAACCAACACCUUUCCGGGGGGUCCCAUUACCACCUUGUUUAAUAUGAGCAUGAGCAUCAAAGAUCGGCAUGAGUCGGUGGGCCAUGGGGAGGACUUCAGCAAGGUGUCUCAGAACCCAAUUCUUACCAGUUUGUUGCAAAUCACAGGGAACGGGGGGUCUACCAUUGGCUCGAGUCCGACCCCUCCUCAUCACACGCCGCCACCUGUCUCUUCGAUGGCCGGCAACACCAAGAACCACCCGAUGCUCAUGAACCUUCUUAAAGAUAACCCUGCCCAGGAUUUCUCAACCCUUUAUGGAAGCAGCCCUUUAGAAAGGCAGAACUCCUCUUCCGGCUCACCCCGGAUGGAAAUGUGCUCGGGAAGCAACAAGACAAAGAAGAAGAAGUCUUCAAGAUUACCACCUGACAAACCCAAGCACCAGACUGAAGAUGACUUUCAGAGGGAGCUAUUUUCAAUGGAUGUUGACUCACAGAACCCUAUCUUUGAUGUCAACAUGACAGCUGACACGCUGGAUACGCCACACAUCACUCCAGCUCCAAGCCAGUGUAGCACUCCCCCAACAACUUACCCACAACCAGUACCUCACCCCCAACCCAGUAUUCAAAGGAUGGUCCGACUGUCCAGCUCAGACAGCAUUGGCCCAGAUGUAACUGAUAUCCUUUCAGACAUUGCAGAAGAAGCUUCUAAGCUUCCCAGCACUAGUGAUGACUGUCCACCCAUUGGCACCCCUGUUCGAGAUUCUUCAAGCUCUGGGCAUUCUCAGAGUGCCCUCUUUGACCCUGAUGUCUUUCAAACCAAUAAUAAUGAAAAUCCAUACACUGAUCCAGCUGACCUUAUUGCAGAUGCUGCUGGAAGCCCCAGUAGUGACUCUCCUACUAAUCAUUUCUUUCCUGAUGGAGUAGAUUUCAAUCCUGAUUUGUUGAACAGCCAGAGCCAAAGUGGUUUUGGAGAAGAAUAUUUUGAUGAAAGCAGCCAAAGUGGAGAUAAUGAUGAUUUCAAAGGAUUUGCUUCUCAGGCACUAAAUACUUUGGGGGUGCCAAUGCUUGGAGGUGAUAACGGGGAGACUAAGUUUAAAGGCAACAGCCAAGCUGACACAGUUGAUUUCAGUAUUAUAGCAGUGGCUGGUAAGGCUUUGGGUCCUGCAGAUCUUAUGGAGCAUCACAGUGGUAGCCAGAGUCCUUUAUUGACCACUGGGGACAUAGGGAAAGAAAAGACUCAAAAGAGAGUGAAGGAAGGCAAUGGCACCAGUAAUAGUAGUUUGUCAGGGCCAGGAUUAGACAGCAAAUCAGGGAAACGCAGUCGGACCCCUUCUAAUGAUGGCAAAAGCAAAGAUAAGCCUCCAAAGAGGAAGAAGGCAGACACUGAGGGAAAGUCUCCAUCUCACAGUUCUUCUAACCGACCUUUCACCCCACCUACUAGUACAGGUGGAUCCAAAUCUCCAGGCAGUUCAGGACGAUCUCAGACUCCCCCAGGUGUUGCCACGCCACCCAUUCCUAAAAUCACUAUUCAGAUUCCUAAGGGAACUGUGAUGGUGGGCAAGCCCUCCUCUCACAGUCAGUAUACCAGCAGUGGUUCUGUGUCUUCCUCGGGAAGUAAAAGCCACCAUAGCCAUUCUUCCUCAUCUUCUGCUUCCAACUCAGGCAAGAUGAAAAGCAGUAAAUCAGAAGGUUCAUCAAGUUCCAAGUUAAGUAGCAGUAUAUAUUCUAGCCAGGGGUCUUCUGGAUCUAGCCAGUCCAAAAAUUCAUCCCAGUCUGGGGGAAAGCCAGGCUCCUCUCCUGUUACCAAGCAUGGACUGAGCAGUGGCUCCAGCGGCACCAAGAUGAAACCUCAAGGGAAGCCAUCAUCACUUAUGAAUCCUUUAAGUAAGCCAAACAUAUCCCCUUCCCAUUCAAGGCCACCUGGAGGCUCUGAUAAGCUUGCCUCUCCAAUGAAACCUGUUCCUGGUACUCCCCCAUCUUCUAAAGCCAAGUCCCCUAUCAGUUCAGGUUCUGGUGGUUCUCAUAUGUCUGGAACUAGUUCAGGCACUGGCAUGAAGUCAUCUUCAGGGUUAGGAUCCUCUGGCUCACUGUCUCAGAAAACUCCUCCAUCAUCUAACUCUUGUACAUCAUCUUCCUCUUCCUUUUCCUCAAGUGGCUCUUCCAUGUCAUCCUCUCAGAACCAGCAUGGGAGUUCCAAAGGGAAAUCUCCCAGCAGGAAUAAGAAGCCGUCCUUAACAGCUGUCAUAGAUAAACUGAAGCAUGGGGUUGUCACCAGUGGUCCUGGGGGUGAAGACCCAAUGGAUGGCCAAAUGGGGGUGAGCACAAAUUCUUCUAGCCAUCCUAUAUCCUCCAAACAUAACAUGUCAGGAGGAGAGUUCCAGGGCAAGCGUGAGAAAAGUGAUAAAGACAAAUCAAAAGUUUCCACCUCGGGGGGCUCAGUGGAUUCAUCUAAGAAGACCUCAGAGUCAAAAAAUGUGGGGAGCACAGGUGUGGCAAAAAUUAUCAUCAGCAAGCACGAUGGGGGAUCCCCCAGCAUUAAAGCCAAAGUGACUUUGCAGAAACCUGGGGAAAGUAGUGGAGAAGGGCUCAGGCCUCAGAUGGCCUCUUCCAAAAACUAUGGCUCUCCACUCAUCAGUGGUUCCACUCCAAAGCAUGAGCGUGGCUCCCCCAGCCACAGUAAGUCACCAGCAUACACCCCCCAGAAUCUGGACAGUGAAAGUGAGUCAGGCUCCUCCAUAGCAGAGAAGUCUUAUCAGAACAGUCCCAGCUCAGAUGAUGGCAUCCGACCUCUUCCAGAAUACAGCACAGAGAAGCAUAAGAAGCACAAAAAAGAAAAGAAGAAAGUAAAAGACAAAGAUAGGGAUCGGGACCGUGACAAAGACCGAGACAAGAAAAAAUCUCAUAGCAUCAAGCCAGAGAGUUGGUCUAAAUCACCCAUCUCUUCAGACCAGUCCUUGUCUAUGACAAGUAACACAAUUUUAUCUACAGACAGGCCCUCAAGGCUCAGCCCUGACUUUAUGAUUGGGGAGGAAGAUGAUGAUCUUAUGGAUGUGGCCCUGAUUGGCAACUAGGAACCUUUUUAAGAUUAAAAACAUGGCCAGAAAACAAAACAAAACAAAACUAAUAAGUGUAUAGGCAAACCACCAUGAGGGCUGAGUCAGAUAGGUCUGCUUUCAUGUUUAAGAAUCUUAAAUGGCAUGGCUUUGACAUGAGUGGGGUGAAUUUAGAAGGGCACAGCCAGACCCUACUAAAGAGACCAUAAGGUUUCAUUCCUGAUUACCAAGAAUCACUUGUUCCUUUGCCAGGAAAGAAAAAAAAAGUUAAAAUACUUGCUUAUGAAAGGGAGGGGGUGGGAAGGGCUUAGGGAGAGGGAAGGGUGGGAAACAGUUUUGUGGGAAAUAUUCAUAUAUAUUUUUUCUCCCUUUUUCCAUUUUUAGGCCAUGUUUUAAACUCAGUGCAUGUAUUUGAAGGGCUGGGCAGAAAAUGAAAAAGCAAUACAUUCCUUGAUGCAUUUGCAUGAAGGUUGUUCACCUUUGUUUAGGUAGUUGUCCAUUUGAGGCAUGGGCAAAUGAAGGACUUUGGUUAUUUUGGACACUUAAGUAAUGUUUGGUGUCUGUUUCUUAGGAGUGAUUGGGGGAGGGAAGAUGAUUUUAGCUAUUUAUUUGUAAUAUUUUAACCCUUUAUCUGCUUUUAUACAGUGUUUCUUUCUAAUUCUAUAAGCUUCAGAGUUCAAAAUGAUGGGAGGUGGAAGAGGGAGGCUUAUUUGGUGGUAGGGAGCUUGUAGCUUGUGCUGGUUACCGUAGUGUCAAGCCCCAGCAGAUUAGUCAGAGCCCGCCUUUGUAGUUAAGUAGAAAAACCAAAAUGGUAUUUUUAUUUUAGGAAGUUUUUCAUAGGGUUCAGACAUCAUAGGAAUAUUAGGAGUUAUCUCCCUGUGGAGGUAUUGAUUUAUAGUUUUUUUUUUCCUUUAAAAAAAAAAACUGGGCUGGCUUUUGGGGAUGUAAACUUGUUUUCAGAUGCAGUAAGGCUUAAUGUGGGGCAGCCUCCCGACCCAGUGGCAUGAAAACCAUUACAGAAUUAAUAGUUCUCCUAUUUCCACAAUGUGCCAAAAGUCCACAUCCCAGCAUUUUGUUUGUAGGAGAACUGAUGCCAUUCCUGAGAGCUGGGCUCCUUGUUUCCCUUCAUCACAAGGAUAAGGAGUCCAGACUUUAAUCACUCCACUAUAUGCUCCCUUAGAUAAAACAGUAAAAAAAAAAAAUUGCAGCCAUAGUUCACUUAAAACAGUUUCAAGCUCACUUGAAGUAAUGGGGGCCUGGAAUGCUAGGUGGGCAUGAAGAUAAACCCUUGCUACUAUGUAGCAACACAAUUGGACCUUUUUGGAGGAACAGGUCUGAGUCUGGAUCCUGGGGGACAUCAAUAAGAAGCCCUUCUCAUAAAUAUGGAAAUCCAGGAGACCAUGAGUGCAACACAAGUUCUCAGUAUUUGGAGGGUCCUCUCAAAAUUCUGCGGCCUUACUUUGAUUUUGACACCUGCACUGUGCCAUUCCUGAUGAUUCCAUUCAGGAUCUGUAUCAGCAGGACGGGGCACGAUCCCCAGCACAACUCUUCUGGAUU